UUUAAGUUUCUGCUUUUUUCAGAUUUACGAUGGGAAUUUUCAGUCCAGGUGGAGACAUGAAGUCUCACGUGAUCACUCUAGCAGCUGGAGUGUCAGUCGGAUUCGUGUUGGCCAAACUGCUAGCAGGUGUUCCUAUGUUUUUCAAGCUCACUUACAGAUCAAAGAAAAAUCAAUCAGGGACUAAUACCACCAAUUUACAAACUGCAAGAGCGCCUCCAGGUGACUAUAAACUGGUGAUCGGCGCCAGGCAAGAUUUGCAAAUGGGCAAAGGAAAAAUAGCUGCACAAUGCUGUCACGCUGCUGUUGCUUGUUUUGAAGAUGCGCAAGAGUCAAAUGAGAAUAUUCUAGAAGAAUGGAUGGACCAGGGUCAAAGGAAGAUAGUAGUCAAGGUGGAGUCAGAGGAACAGUUGGAGCAAUUGUACGAACAUGCAAAGACAGUUGGAUUGAUAACUUGUGUAAUUGAAGAUGCGGGGAAAACCCAGAUUGCUGCUGGGUCUAAGACUGUAGUAGGCGUUGGACCGGGACCCGCCUCUGAAAUUGACAAAGUUAUGGGGCACUUGAAAUUGUAUUAAUAUAAAAGUGGUUUUAUGUUCAUCCAUUUCUGCUUGCUUUCGCUCCAAGAAAGGGUCCAUUGAACCUAUCAAGGUUACUGUUGAUAUCAAAUUGAUUUUUUUGUGAUGUUG